AUAAUAGAUGAAAUAAUACUGUGACCGAGUACUUUAAUUCUGAUUUUAGAUUUCAAACAAAAAAACAGUGAAACAAUUCAUUUUCCUAACUUUCAAAUAUAUUUACCAACACAAUUCAGUUUCUGUUUACAUGAAGUCGUUAUUUUCUUCCAACAUGGCGGCCAAACAGAUUCCGUUAACCUGCCCUGGCCAUACAAGACCGGUGGUUGAUUUAGGUUUCUCAGAAGUAACGCAGCAUGGGUAUUUUUUAAUCAGUGCUUGUAAAGAUGGAAAACCAAUGUUGCGACAAGGAGACACUGGUGAUUGGAUUGGUACUUUUGAAGGGCACAAGGGUGCUGUAUGGGGUGCUACUUUAAAUAAAACAGCCUCUCUUGCAGCUACCGCAGCUGCUGAUUUUACAGCAAAGGUUUGGGAUGCGAUUAAAGGAGAGGAAAGGACAUCUUUCUCGCACAAACACAUUGUGAAAACUGUGGACUUCUCACAAGAUGACAAAAAACUUCUUACCGGAAGUAAUGAAAAGAAAAUGAGAAUAUUUGAUGUUGAGAAUACAGAUAAAGAGCCAGUCAUUUUGGAAGGUCUUGGUGGAAACCCUAAAGCUUGCAUUUGGUUAAAUGAUGACAAAAACAUUAUAAGUGGAUGUGAUGAGAAAGUCAUCAGGUUGUGGGAUGUGCAGACACUGAAAGAAGUGAACAGUAUAACUUUAGACAGACCGUUACAAGGAAUGCAGCUGUCAUCUGAUAAAAGUGUUUUGGCUAUUGCAUGUGGAAAAACGGCGUUGUUUUACGAUACACAGAGCUUGCAGCAAAUACAAUCCUGUGAAACUAACACAAAUGUUUUCUCCGUAUCACUGAGUCCAGAUAAGACAACUUUUGUGGCAGGUGGUGAAGACUUUAUAUUAUAUAAAUACGAUUACCAGACUGGAGCUAAGCUAGAAUACUAUCACGGUCAUUUCGGUCCCGUGCAUUGUGUUAGAUAUUCUCCCGAUGGGGAGGUGUACGCGUCUGGGUCAGAAGAUGGCACGUUACGCUUAUGGCAAACCAAUGUGGGGAAUACUUACGGUCUGUGGAAAGCUAAUAUAAGCGAUGAAGAAGAGCAAACGAAAGGUUUAGAUGAGAAUCAUAUAACUGAAGUUGCAGUGGAAUCGUGACCGAGUAUUGCAUAGUUUUUUUUAUAUAAAUUUUUAUUUAUUAUUUUAAUUAAAAAAAAAAUGAUAAAAUUGGAUGGACUGCGAUUUUUGGUGUGUCAGUGUGUUGUGGCAAUAAACAUAAAUAUUUGUUAAAAAAGUAUUUUUACAUAUAUUUUAGAUGAUAUAUGUUGUUAUUGCAGUAGCUAUCUCUUUAUCUUCUCUUCGUCUUGGUGUUGGGAUCGCGUUUUCUUUAACGUUUUUGCAAAAUUCUAGUUAUAUUUCAACUGCGAAAGAAAAAGUUUAGAUUGAAUUUAUAAUUUUGCAACCAUAUACAUUGUUGUGUUUUUAAACAUAGAGCUUGCCAAUGUGGAAAUUGUAUUUAUUUUGUCACAAAAAAAGAUAGAAAAAUUCCAA